GGCGUCAUUACGCAUUUCCUGUUCUCUUCGAAGAGUCCCCCCUUCUCUUCACCGUCGCGCCGUGAAGUGGAUGUUUUGGUGAGAAAAUACGGUGUCGAAAAGGGACGUAAAUACCUUCAAAACAUGACAUUUCGACCCACGGGGACCUAAAGCGGCAAAAGCACGGAGAAGAGGAGCGUCUUCGGACACUGUUUCGGUUUAUCUUUGUAUCGUAUUCCUCCGCAUGUCCGCUUUCCUCAUAGAUGGUCUCCGGCGAGCGUUGUCUGGCGGCGGACGACGAGUUGUCGAAGAAUAAUAUGAAGGAGAUGAUCGGCGGUUGCUGUGUUUGCUCUGAUGAGAGGGGGUGGGCGGAAAACCCGCUUGUGUACUGCGACGGACACGGCUGCAACGUCGCCGUGCAUCAAGCCUGCUAUGGCAUCGUGCAGGUGCCCACUGGUCCGUGGUUCUGCAGAAAGUGUGAAUCUCAGGAGAGAGCGGCCCGUGUGAGAUGUGAGCUGUGUCCCCACAAAGAUGGAGCCCUCAAGAGGACAGACAACGGAGGCUGGGCCCAUGUAGUCUGUGCCCUUUACAUACCUGAAGUGGAAUUCGCCAAUGUCUCGACUAUGGAGCCCAUAGUACUCCAGUCCGUGCCACACGAUCGCUACAACAAGACAUGCUACAUCUGUGAGGACCAGGGCAGAGAGAGUAAAGCAGCCUCUGGAGCCUGUAUGACCUGCAACAAACAUGGCUGCAGGCAGGCCUUCCAUGUCACAUGUGCCCAGUUUGCGGGGUUGUUAUGUGAGGAACAAGGAUCGGACGCAGACAAUGUCAAGUACUGUGGAUAUUGCAAGUACCACCACAGCAAAUUGAAACACAAGGAGCGGGAAAGGCACAAACCCAAACACAAGAAGAUCUCCAUGGAUAUGUCGCCCUCCCUCGUCCUUCCUAAUAUCUUGGUCCCGGACAAGACCUACAUCAGCGGCAGCUCAGGGGUAGGAGCCGCCUCUCUGCCAGCGUCCUCGCAGAAGCGUCUGGACGACAGCGCGGCCCGCUUCACUACCGCGAACUUUCAAGAAGUGUCGUCCACUCUCUCCGGGGGCGGCUCCAAAGAUGGCUUGGCCGCGGACGCCGGGAAGGCGGCAUCUGAGGCGAAGAACAAGAAGAACAGCGGCGCGAGUCAUGCGGUGGGACAGAGGGGGGGCCGCAAGUCUCUCACCUCCUCGGGGAAACCCCUCCCUUCUGCCGUGGUCACCAUGGCAACCUCCUCCACAUCUGCCUCCGCCUCCACUGGGCCUUUCCACCAAGGCCUCCUGUUGACCAGUGCCAGCAAGACGCCCUCUGUCCCUUCCUCCUCAGACUUCCUAAGUUUCUCCGAUCCAUCGUUGCGUCCGGGGGGUGGGACUACCUUCUCCUCCCCGCCGUCUUUCAGCAGCUGCCUCGUGAAGCCGAGCUCGGAGGGCGGCGCCUCAGAGGGAACGACGACACUCUUCGGCUCUCUGAUGUCCGCCACUACGGCUUCUGCAGUGGGCGGGAAGCUGUAUGAGAAUUCCCACAGUCACACGGCCAGCGAGACGACAAGCCUCGGUGGGUCCGCCGGCUACAAGCGGCCCCAACCCGCCAGCUCAGUGCCGGGGAUCGGAGGAGCGGCGGCAGGAGGAGGGGACGACGCUGUGAAGAAGAAAAAGAAGGGCAACUGGCGAAACAGAUUUGGACCUUGCUUCACCACAGAUGUGAAACCUUCUGAGCCAGCCCCCUCCCUGACGCUCCCCACCUCCUCCACGGCCAACACCUCCUCCUCCUCCUCAUCAUCAUCCACCACCGCCCCCCCAUCCUCCUCUUCAUCGUCAACGCUCACAGGCCGGCCGGGCUUGGUGUCCAGCAGUGGGUUAGGAGUGGGGGUAGUAGGAGGAGGAGGAGGAGAGAGGGGGCUGGGGGUCAUGGGUGUCAGCGGUGGGAUACAGAACCUAAGGAAUGGGAGUCUGCAGAGCAGCAGCAGCAGCUCCACAACCGCUGGGCCAGGUGUUUUCUCCGGGGCCGAUGGGUCAUCGACGGGGACGGGAGUCGUCGCCGUUGGCGGAGCCGGCUCUGAGUUGUCACAGCAACAGCAGCCCACACCUUCACUAGCCCCUCCCUCUCCGUUCACUGCCACCGCACCCCUAACCAGCACUGCCUCGACACACGUGAGCGGUCUGCCAGGGUCGGUCUUCAACCUCGCUCCCUCCCACAUGUUUGGCAACAGGCUGAAUCCCAACUCGGCCAUGGCGGCGCUCAUCGCCCAGUCCGAGGCCUCACCAGCAGAUCAGGAGGUGGGAGACGGCGGCGUCGGAGCUCAGGGCUUCUCCAUAAGAGCUUCUCCAAAGACCACCCCGCGCUCUCCCAUUGGUGGCCUGCAGAUCCGCUAUGACUCCUCGGGGUCGUUGCCGGGGCCGGGGCUUGGGUUGCUAGGGGCGGGGGGAGGCGGCGGGGAGACGCUGCCCCCGGUGGCCACCAGCAUCGAGCAGCUCCUGGAGAGGCAGUGGAACGAAGGGCAGAGCUUCCUGCUGCAGCAGGGAGCGCAGGGAGACGUGCUGGGCAUGUUGAAGUCCCUCCACCAGCUGCAGGAGGAGAACAGGAGGCUGGAGGAGCAGAUUAAAACUCUGACCAUGAAGAAAGAGAGACUGCAGCUUCUCAGUGCUCAGCUAUCAGUGCCUUUCACCUCCAGCAUGGCCUCCUCUGAUAUGAAAGGAGGCCAUCUGGGAGCCACUGACUCAUCAUUACCUGUGGCAGCUCAGGAUGGUGCUUCAUGCGGUGGCCACAGCAGUAGUGGCUCCACCUCAUCUCUCUCCACCCCUCCCUCCGUCUCCCAGAGCCCGCCGCAGCUGAACGGGCUCUCUGCCGUGGGAUCAGCCCCAGCCCGGCUGGCGGGGCUGAUGGGUGCUCUGGGCGCAGGCGGUGGGCUGGGCAUGGCGGGAAUCGUCGGCGCGCUGAACGGGGUGAUCCAGACACCGGUGGGCACCGGCAGCCCCCACGCGCACACUACAGGAGCAGCUAUGGGCAUCACGUUGCCCGUUAAUAAUGGCCCACCAACUAGUAAGAGCAGCGCUGCGCGGCUCGGCCUGCUCUCUGAGCAGCACAGACUCCUGCAGCAGCAUCAGCUCCAGCAGCUGCUGUCCUCACAGCCUUCAGCGGAGCAGCAGCAGGUGUUGCUCUACCAACUGAUGCAGCAGCAGCAGGACCUCCAGCAGCUGCAAUCCCUCUCCUCCUCUGCCCAGAUUCCCUCCAUCCCGCUCUCCUGCCCUCAGCUGCCCAUCAGCAACCUGCUGCCCAGCGCCCAGGGCCAAGGCGCCAUCACCGCCAACCCCUUCCUGGCAAUGCAGCACGCACAUGCUGACACACACGCCUCGGGGCCACAGAAGCCGCGGCUAGCCGAGAAGGCCGUGGGCGUCGCGGGGCAAGAGAAGACAUGACGGCAGAUGCCCUUUAUGUUUUGGUUGUCAAUGUUUUUGUUUUGUUUUUCUGAAUAAAUAUGCAGAGUCUUCAGGAGAUCGGCCUGUUGGUCAACUUUGUGGUUCAGUGAUGAGAACCAGUCACCAGCUCACUGUAGUUGACCUUGUCAGGUUUAUUUUGCUACUUUUUUCAGGUUACAGUCUUAACAUUUUGUCUUCAUUUGUACUAUUUAUGUCCAUCCAAUUUUAGAUUUAUUUUUUUAGAUGCUUUAGUGCUGCUUCAGGUUCUUAUUUUGUCAUAAUAAUGAUUUUCAUUUGAUAUCACUGGUAGCAACUUAGCGUGUGAGUAAAUAAGCACAUGUUGUGUUUGAUCUCUUCUCUCAACGGGAGAGUUGACAAACGGGUCAGCCUUUAUCUUCAAUGAGUUUCUCUUCAUAUUUUCUUCCAUAAUCUCAUCAUCCAGCUUCUUCACAUUUCUUCUUUCUCUUUUUGCUGUGUUGUGGUUUUAGUUUUUUUUUUUUGUUGUUUUUUUUUGGUUUUUUUGCAUCAUUUCCUCUCUUUUUUCCUUUGUCUUCCUAUUUUCUCUGCUUCUCCAUCCUCCACACUAACAACCAUCUCGGUCUGGUCUCUCUGCUGUCUCACUCUCUCAGGGGCCUCAGCUCACAAGCACAGAAAUAAAAACAUAAAAAUAACAAAUACAUGUAUGUAAAAAAGAAACUACAGUUCCCCACCACAGGACUUAACAGUAGCAGAUGUAUGUUUGACAUCUGUCUCGCAGCACUCGCGAGGGGAAUAUUGGGUGAGAGGCUUGUGAAAAUAUCCGACAUGUUCUCGCCGUUGCCUCUGUCCUCUUUGUCUUUCACUGUUUGUGUAGAUCCAUUAACGUCAGUGAGCCAAGCCUCAUACAGUCACUGCAGAAGCCUUGCUUUUGACUGUCUCUUCUCUGGGCCAGAUACAGGCGGCUCACUCAGGGAAGUGAAAUGUAAAAAGGAAGGAAAAAAUAAAUAAUAGCAAGUUGAAUGUUCAGAUGGAUGCAUUAAUCCACACGGCACGGACUCACAAAGAGAUAUUAUACAGUUGGUUGUCGGCACGUGGAAGUCGUUACAUUUCAUCUUCCUGAUUGAGCCCCCUGCUGCACCUACCUCUCCAGCAGGACCAGCCUAUCGGGACCUAAACAGGCCGACAGCAGCGGCAGCUACAAACCCACAACCAUGAGGACUGGCCAAUCAGGGUCCAAACCCAAGUGCCUGAGGCCAAGGUGGGAAGGUGGGAUUUGUUUCCGUUUACCUGUGUCCCGGUCACUCAGCCCGAUUCCUCACAAUGCUACUGGUAAUGACGCUGCGUAGCUAAAGCAACAGAUUACAAAAGGACUUGAUGUAAUGUCAGGCUGGACGUGCAGUCUCUAAUAAAACCAGGAAAUAUUCUGCUGCAUUCUCUAAUAUCGAAGCCAACUUUGUAUUGUGCUUUUUAUUUAUUGGGAGUUUGUUUGUGUAAUGGGCAUACGAUGAUAUAUUUUAACAGCCUGCUGGUGUUGCAACUUAACAUCAUUUUGUACUACUGUGUAAAGUUUUGAUUAUUUUUUUUUUUUUUUUUUUUUUCCUCACAGUCAAAUCUUGCUGUAAACCCAUUUAAUGAAUUCUAUUCUGUGUUGUGUUUUGAAAGCUACUUGCUACUUGAUUGGGGAGGGGGUGUGGUUGUAUAUAGCUGUAGGAGGGAGGGCGUGUGUCACGGGGGAGUUCAGUGGCACAGUUUUUACCUCGUUAAGUGUACAUAAACCUUUCUCAUUGGCCGUUGGUGUACAUUUGUGAUUAGCUGUGCUGGUGUGAAGGAAAGCCAAUGAAGCCUCAAUUUGUGUGUGUGGGUGCGAGUGUGUGUGUGUGU